AUGUUGGAGGCCAGAAUAGUAGCUUUCCCCAAACCUGCUAGAGUAUUUAUAAAUGGUAUACUCUCUCCUAUAUUUACAAUUUCUAAUGGUACUCGCCAGGGUUGCCCGCUUUCUCCCUUCGUUUUUGUGUUGGCCAUAGAAUGCCUGGCGGAAUCUAUCCGCAUUAAUCCCUGGGCCUACUCCUUGGUCUCUUAUUAUAAACUCAAUGCGUCUAAAACAGAAGCACUCCCGAUUAAUUUCUCCGCUACCCUCCUCGAUCAAUUGAAGUCUCUACACUUAUGCCUGGUUAAACUUAAGUCACAGGUGAAGUGGGAAUCCAACCUGAAUAGUGUCCUGACAGAGGAUGAAUGGCGUCUGAUAUUUGACUCCUGUUUUCAUUUGUCUAAAUUCUCUUCCCCGGCCCCUGCCUGCCGGCCCCCUGGCACCAUGACACAUGCCGGCCGCUUCUCUGUCAUACUGCUCUGUCUUCUCCAAGCAGUCAGUGUGUCUCUGAGCUACAAUGUGGAGGUCUCGGCAGAAAGAGACUUCUCUGUUCUGAGCAGUCACUCCUUCGGAUACAGAGUUGGACAGUUCAAUGCCAGCAGUGGAGAGAGAGUCUUGGUUGGAGAUCCUGGUUCAGGGAGGCUGCACACAUGUGAUGUCAUCAGUGGCACAUGUGACAUCAUCAAGCUACCAGAUGGGAACAGUACAUCUCACAUCGGCCUGACUCUCGAAAUUGACUUAGUCUCAAAGAAUUGCAUUGUAUGUGGCUCUGACUUACCUCAUGACUGUAAUGAUAUGCUGUACAUGAACGGGGCAUGCUACACCAUGGACUCCAGCCUGACACCUUCUGAGAAGCUUAGACCAGGAUAUGAAGGUUGCCAGAAAACCGCCGUGGACUUGUGCUUCCUGUUUGAUGGCUCCCACAGUCUGGGGACUUCUGAGUUAAAUUUAAUAAAGAAAUCUUUGAACAGUGCCAUCCGGAACCUGAGGAACACCAGUGUGCAUUUUGCUGUCGUCCAGUUCUCAAACAGAAUGAAAACUGAAUUCAACUUCAACAAAUAUCAGCAAUACGGAAACCUCACAAAAAUAAUUGAAGAGAUGAAGUUAUUGGGCGGCAAAGCUUUAGCUUAUACGGGCAUCAGAUACACACUGGAAAAUAUCUUCACAGAGAAAGCUGGAUCCCGCCCCAGGGCGAAGAAGGUCCUGUUAUUGCUGUCAGCCGGGGAAGUGGAUGAGGCGUAUGACAUCGCAGCUAUAAAGAAUGCCAACGACUUAGGCGUGAAACGUUAUAUCGUUGGGGUAGGAAAAAACUUUGGAAAGCCAGAGGGUGAGAAAAUAAUAACUGACCUUGCAUCUACUCCCACCUACAAAUACCGCACAGUGCUGAACAACACUAAAGACCUGGAGAACUUAUUUGAGGGCAUACAGCAGAAGAUCCUUGCGAUAGAGGGUGUGGCUCAAGGGUCCAGUUUCACACGGGAGCUGUCCUCAGCCGGGCUCAGCGCUGCUCUGAUGAAGGAUCGGCGGAUGCUCGGAGACCCGGGAAUAUUUGACUGGUCUGGUGGAAUCCUUGAUGUCUCGAAUCAGGAGAUGCUGGUGAACAUGUCUCUUCCAGAAGAGUACAAGAAUGGCUACCUGGGUUACUCCGUCAGACUGCUCCGCACCACUGACGGGCUGUUGUGUGUGGUCGGUGCCCCCAGGUACCAGUACGUUGGGCUUGUGACUGUCCUGCGUGAGAUCCCAGAUGGACCAGGAUGGGAAAAGACAGAUUCCCUUCAAGGAGAACAGGUUGGUUCAUACUUUGGCUCGGAGAUAGCGGCCCCUGAUCUGGACCAGGAUGGACAUUCGGAUUUGGUGAUGGUUUCCGCUCCUCAUCACUAUGAAGUGAAAUGGUCUGGACAGGUUUACGUGUAUGGCAUUGAGCAGGGAAACCUUGUGCGCCGGGUCACUCUGCACGGAGAGACAGGUCACCUCCAUUCUCACUUUGGAGCAGCGGUCUCAACACUUGGCGACCUGGAUGGAGAUGGCUUCAAUGAGGUGGCAGUGGGAGCCCCAUAUGAGAUGGAUGGGAGAGGAGCAAUGUAUAUAUACAGAGGGGAACCUGCAGGGCUGUCAGCCACCCAUACCCAGCGCAUACCGGGUCUUCCAGAGAGCCAAGGUUUUGGUCUCUCCAUUCAUGGAGUUUUGGAUAUGACACAGGACGGUCUGACGGAUAUAGUCGUUGGAUCUUGGGGUCACGUCACUCUGCACAGAUCCUUACCACUGCUCAGAGUGGAUGUGAAUGUAACCACCAGUCCUACAAAUAUCCCCAUUCCCAACGUGGAGGAGAGCGGCUGUGGGAGAGAGGGGGUGACCUUAGAAGCAUGUGUGACCCGCCAGAUCCUGACCCCCGGAUACACAGGGCCCCUGAAUGUGUUGCUGCAGUACAUCCUCAUUCUUGAUUCUGAGCGUACCGUCAGCCGAAUGUCCUUCAAGAACAACCAGAGACAGAUAAACAAGACGAUUACAAUCCAAGACCAGGGACAGGAGUGCCAGAGUCACAGUGUCCUUCUCCAGGAUUGCUCACUGGAAGAUGUCUCUCCUGUACACAUGUCUCUUACAGUCUAUCUGAUCCCAAAUGUGUCUCAGUGGCUCCUGUCUCCAUCGAGCAGUCUGAAUGACACCACACAGAUUCCCUUCCAAAUCUGUGGCAGCGGAGGCAGCUGUCAGCCUGACCUUCACGUGCACUUCCUUGAGCACACUCCACUGAUUGUACGCGAUGGUGCUUGGUUCUCCGUUACCCUUAGGAUCCAGAACACGGGCGAGGCUGCUCACCGAGUCACGCUGAGGGUCAGCUGUCCACCUGGACUGACUUUCCGUAAAGCCAACCCCACACAGAUCCCGCUGGCAUGUGGAGAGUUCAAGGGACAAAUCCUCACUUGUAAUGUCAGCCACCCCAUCCUGAGACGGGCCGCCCGGGCCGACAUCCAGGUUAUGUUUGGAAUUGUCCCCAAUGUGUCCUGGGCUGACAGUGUGCCCCUGACAGUAAACGUCACCAGUGAUAAUGAUGGAAAUGAAACUUAUAAUAUGGCGACGAAGGACUUCCCUGUUCUCUAUCCGAUACGUGUCAUUGCUCGGAGUCUGGAGACAUCGGUAAAAUAUGCUGAAUUCAUCAACCGAGACGAGAAGAGAUCCAUGUCGCACGGAUAUCAGAUCCAGAACCUGGGACCCAGCUCUGCCCCCACACAGUUCACCAUUUUAAUAAUGACCACAGUGGCCCAGGGACUGCGCUGGGAUUUUACAACGACCAAUCAGGGACCAGGAGUCAGCUGCACUGUUCUGGAGAUUCCUAUUGGCCCCCAGCUAUACAGUGAAGGUGUGCAGACAAACAAGACGUUGCAGUGUACUAUGGAUAGUAUGAGCUCAAUGGACAUUAGUAUCAAUGGAACGCUGACACCAACUCACGCCUGGAAGGUACAGGAAUCCGUGAACGUGUCCAGCGCGGUGACCAUCCAGUACAACGAGAGCCAAUACCACAGCGACAUGGAGCGCGCUUAUCAUACCGUGAAGGUGGUAACGCAAGUGGAACUUCUGGUGCCCCCAAACCACGUUCUGUACAUAGCUGGGAGCAGUGUCGGCGGGGUGUUGGUCCUGCUUCUCUUCUCCUGGUUGCUGUAUAAGUGCGGGUUCUUUAAGCGGUACAAAGAUCGGAUGGCAGAGAAUACUCCGACCGAUGAUCCGCAGCAGCUGAUAUCUCCUGAUGGAAGAGGAACUGGAAAGGUCAUGGAGGAACCGAGCACUCAGGAGCCACUGACAGCAGAGAGUCCAUGACACUGAUAUAGUAUAGAUUAAACCCCCCAAUCCUUACAUGGAUACCCCCAAACAACCGCUUACCAUAUGGGCAGAUCUGUGACUACUGAUGUCCCAAACUAAUCUCUCACCCCAACCCGAGACUACUGAUGCCCCAAACUAAUCUCUCACCCCAACCCGAGACUACUGAUGCCCCAAACUAAUCUCUUCUCUCACCCCAACACUGGGACUACUGAUGCCCCAAACUAAUCUCUUCUCUCACCCCAACCCGAGACUACUGAUGCCCCAAACUAAUCUCUUCUCUCACCAGAACCCGAGACUACUGAUGCCCCAAACUAAUCUCUUCUCUCACCAGAACCCGAGACUACUGAUGCCCAAACUAAUCUCUCCUCUCACCCCAACCCGAGACUACUGAUGCCCCAAACUAAUCUCUUCUCUCACCAGAACCCUAGACUACUGAUGCCCCAAACUAAUCUCUCCUCUCACCCCAACCCGAGACUACUGAUGCCCCAAACUAAUCUCUUCUCUCACCCCAACACUGGGACUACUGAUGCCCCAAACUAAUCUCUUCUCUCACCCCAACCCGAGACUACUGAUGCCCCAAACUAAUCUCUUCUCUCACCAGAACCCGAGACUACUGAUGCCCCAAACUAAUCUCUUCUCUCACCAGAACCCGAGACUACUGAUGCCCCAAACUACUCUCUUCUCUCACCCCAACCCGAGACUACUGAUGCCCCAAACUAAUCUCUUCUCUCACCCCAACACUGGGACAACUGAUGCCCCAAACUACUCUCUUCUCUCACCCCAACACUGGGACUACUAAUGCCCCAAACUACUCUCUUCUCUCACCCCAACACUGGGACUACUGAUGCCCCAAACUAAUCUCUCCUCUCACCCCAACACUGGGACUACUGAUGCCCCAAACUACUAUCUUCUCUCACCAGAACCCGAGACUACUGAUGCCCCAAACUAAUCUCUUCUCUCACCAGAACCCGAGACUACUGAUGCCCCAAACUAAUCUCUUCUCUCACCAGAACCCGAGACUACUGAUGCCCCAACCUAAUCUCUUCUCUCACCCCAACCCGAGACUACUGAUGCCCCAAACUGAUCUCUUCUCUCACCCCAACCCGAGACUACUGAUGCCCCAAACUAAUCUCUUCUCUCACCCCAACACUGGGACUACUAAUGCCCCAAACUACUCUCUUCUCUCACCCCAACACUGGGACUACUGAUGCCCCAAACUAAUCUCUUCUCUCACCAGAACCCGAGACUACUGGUGCCCCAAACUAAUCUCUUCUCUCACCAGAACCCGAGACUACUGAUGCCCCAAACUAAUCUCUUCUCUCACCAGAACCCGAGACUUCUGAUGCCCCAAACUAAUCUCUUCUCUCACCCCAACACUGGGACUACUGAUGCCCCAAACUAAUCUCUUCUCUCAC